AUCCUAAUCUACCUUUCCUACAAAAAGAUCUCUCUCUCCCUCUCCCCCUCUCUGUGAAAUUUUUUGGGGUUUGUUGAUAUGUCAGUUUGAAUGGAUUUGCUUGGCUUCUUCUUAUAAUGGUACGCUAGAUAGCUCUUUCUCUCUCCCACCCUUCCUCUCUCACCCCCCUUCUCUCUCUCUCUCUCUCUCAUUGUUUUCUUUCCCUCACUUUGUGGGGAGCAGUGGUUUGAAUAAGUAGUUUUAGAUUUCAACUUUCAACUUUGAAGAUUUUUUGAUGAUUUUAAGGGCGGAGUGCAAACCAAAACACAGGCACACGAAAAAGGAGUUAAAAGUUUGAAGUGGAGGAAAAAGAAGAGAUAGAUGGUGACACCAAAACAGGCAGCUGCUUAACUUGGCCUUGCUUCCCCCAUUUUCAUUUUCAUUAGCAAACAUAAUUCUCCUCUUUGAAAUCACCAAAAUCAUGAAAACAAGACGACCCUUUGUUUUUUUGUCUUAAAGAGUGAUGUGUUAUUGAGGCACUGAUCUUUAGCUUUAGGUAGAACCCAUAUUAAUUCUUGCCUCAAUUAGCAAUCUUGUGAUAUUUGACUACUUUUGUUACCCGACAUCAAAUCAGGUCUCCAAAAAGAGAGCAAAAGUCACAAGUAUUCAGUAUUAGACCCCCUUGGGCCAAGUUUUCAUUCUUUCAAGCUCCUCUUGUAAAAAGGGUUCAUCUUGCUCCCUUUUCUAGAGCAUUAAUCAGAUAGCUCCAGCUUCUCCCUAGCUCUCCUUCUCCCUCAUCUCUCCCUAUGUUUUGUUAGGGUGUCGCAUGCACUUGGUGAUGGCUGAUCAAGGUGGUAACAAUAUUGUAAUGAGGGAAUACAGGAAAGGAAACUGGACUGUUAAUGAAACAAUGGUAUUGAUUGAGGCAAAGAAGAUGGAUGAUGAGAGGAGAAUGAAGAAAAGUGGGGACAGUGAAGGGAGGAGCAAACCAACAGAGCUAAGAUGGAAAUGGGUGGAAGAUUAUUGUUGGAGAAAAGGGUGUAUGAGGAGCCAAAACCAGUGCAAUGACAAGUGGGAUAAUCUCAUGAGGGACUACAAGAAAGUGAGAGAGUACCAAAGGAGAACAGCUGAGGCAGGAGAAGGGAAUAAUAAUAAUAACGAAGGAUCUUAUUGGGAGAUGGAGAAGAAUGCAAGAAAAGAAAAGAACUUGCCCAGUAACAUGUUGCGCCAGAUAUAUGAGCAUUUGGAGGAGGUGGUGGAGAAGAAAGGAGUUCAAAGAGUGGUGGCUGCUGGUGGGUCAGGUCCCAAUCCCAACAUACCUUAUGUUAUGGAUAGACCAAUGACUAGUGUGCAACCUUUAUUGCCUCCUCUAUUGCAACACCAACUUCCUGCUGCUAUUCCUCCAGCAAUUGCAUUACCUCUACCAGCACUGCCGCCGCUGCCGCCGCCAACAGCUGCUCCUGCACCACUCGUGCAACCAUCUCCCCUUCCUUAUGCUCAGCCAUUGCCCACAAUGUGUGAUAGCUCAGAUUCUGAUACAAGUGAGUAUUCCGACUCACCUGCAAAGAGAAGGAGAAGAUCAGGAGGUAAUGGGGAAGGCACCAGUGGCACUGCAAGUGCAAACAACUCAAAUGAAGUGGGCACUGCAAUCUCUAAAAGUGCUUCCAUCAUAGCGGAAGCCAUCCAGGCUAGUGAGGAAAGAGAGGAGAGAAGACAUAGAGAUCUUGUUAGUUUGCAUGAGAGAAGACUCAAGAUUGAGGAAUCUAGGACAGAGAUCAACAGAAACGGCAUUGAUGGCCUGGUUGUUGCCAUUAACAAGCUUGCUAAUUCUAUCCUCGCUCUGGCUUCCCACAAGAACCAGUCAGCUCCAAAGUGAUUCUCUUAUUGAUGAAAAAAGAGCAACUAUCCAUUAAUAUCUAAGACAGGGAGAGAUUAAUUAAUCACAUUGGUAGUUGUAUAUAGUAAUUGGUUGUCCCAUUUGUGAUCUAAAUUUUAUGUUGUACUCACUUUCAUUGAUCAUUCUAAUUAUGUCUUUAAACUCUUAUCUCUUUCAUGUCAAGUGUUUAAACACAAACUAGGGUUGGUUGUAAUACUACCAAAAGUGAAAUAUAAGCAAAUUGUUGUGCAUUUGGG